AAGGCCUCCAAGGUCCACAAGGAAGCAGCAGCCACAUGAUCCCCAUGGUCGACAUCGCCAAGCUCCUAUCAUCCCGCCCCGGCGUCCACGUCACCACGCCGCCCGAUUCAGAUCCUCAAUCGACCGUGCAGCCAGCCAAUGGCACAUGCUUUGAAGAAUUAAAUAAGAAGAUAUGAGUGGCUAUCAGUUGAGGUGGAAUAAUAAAUUGGGUGAUAUGGAGAGUAUUUAUAAAAUUUAUCAAAAUUGGAUUCAACACCUCAAAUUUGUAAGAACAUAUCUACAACUAUCAACAACAACAACAAAAAAUUGCUAAAAGAGGGGGUGCAAGACACCUUUACUAUUUAAACAUUAUCAGAAACGAACGAGAAAUUUGCCAACAGAGUCAUACAAAAAUCAAGAAGAAAUCAUAAGAUCUGACGAUAAAAGAAAGUAGGAUCCAGGCUCCAAAUCACGACCCUUGUGAGCGAGCGAGUCCAUCAACUAGGAAAUUAGCUUCUCGAAAGAUACGAACCACUCGAGUUUCUCCGUCUCUAGCUCGUAGCUCUCGAAGGGCAAGCACAAUACUUGUGUGUUGAGAACUAUUAACAAAUUUUAAGUGUUAAAUACCAACUUUCCCACAAAUCACUUUACUUCAUUAAAAUAACCUUUUUUUUCCCUUGCAUUGGCGAACAUAUCAUUUUAUCUUAAAAAAAUCGUCGUUGAUUUUUUUGAGAAAGUUAAUGAAAUUGUCUACUUUGUUAAUUGAAAUUUCAUUUUGUUACUAUUUUAUUUUUGUCAACAGACCCACUUCUAAAAAAAAAAAAAUUGGAGCUACUAUUCCACCUACUGAUUUAUUGUGGAGAUUUAACGUCCAAUAGUCUAUAUCACUUUUAUUGGGUACGGUCCCAUAUUGCUCGAUUUCAUACUUGUGCUCUCUAUUAUGAGUUAUGACAGUAUACAUAAGCCUACGCAGAAGAGAUAAGGAUCUUUUUUUUCUCAGCCGACACUUCCUUUCUCAACGUAUAUAACCGUGCUAGCUAGAUCGAGCUCGGUGUGCUGAUCAGUACACGUUAAAGUUACAAGUUCAGUUCGACUUCACGAGACAAAAAUGUCGACGACCCCGUCACGCCUGGUGCUGGAAUCCAACAACCAGUUCCUGAUCGCAACCAGCAGCGGUGCGUUCCUCGUGGUCGAACCGGAGGCCUACGAGCUCAACACCACGACCAUACCCACCAACGUGUCCUCCUGGAAGCGGGCCGGCAUCGUCGGGCCGGCCUCCUCCUCCACCCACGAGGAAAUGGAGGUGUUCGGGACGGUGCUCACCGGCGCCAAGGUGGCGGAGGCCUCCCGAGACAUCAUCAACCUCCAGGCGCUGGUCAACAGGGAAGGCUUCACGGUCAUGUACUUCAACGUCGGCGCCGGGGACAUGUACCUGAGGGACGCCAGCCUGAUGCGCCGCCACAACGACCUCUUUGACUGGUCAAAGUACGGCGUCACGGUCCCGAAACCGGUCCAGACCGUGUGGGACCGGUUCCAGCAGGCGGCCGGCGGGGAGAAGAUGGUCUCCGGGGAGGGCGUGGGACCGCUGAAGAACGACGUGGAGGAGAUCGAGAGGGCGGUGGAGAUGUUGGAGGUGCAGGUUGGUGUACUCAAGGAUGAACUCCAAGUCUUCGUCUGAACCCUGAAAACUUCCCCGCCGGCUUGCUGCGCGCUUCCUUUGCCUUUUAUGUACGUCGAUCGGCUUGGUGUAUUUUCUAUCAUGUAUCUUGUAUUCUUGUCUUAACUAAUUAAUGAAUAAACCGUGGUCCACAUACUCCAUUUCACUCCAAAAAGUGCAUAUUACAGAUCUCUUCCAUUUUUUAUAAAUGUUAAAUUCGUAUAAGGUGUAACAUACCUCUUUUAUAGAAAAUUGUGUAUGCUUUAUAGAAAAUUUUUGUACCUAUCGUCCCGAAAUAAUAUAUACAAGGUGUACAUACAGAGAAAAACCUGUACAAACUGGUACAUGUACGUGGUUGUUUUGUCUAAAAAAAAUAUCAAAAUGUACGUUAUCUUGCCGAUAAUAAUAAAAGAAAAUUAUUUGCAAAAUAUUUAAUCUAGUUAGUAAAUUUAAGGGGAGACAUUCUGUUAAUUAAAAAAUUAAAAGGUGAAAUGUGAAUUUGUGUUCUUUGACUUCCUCCUAAUUGGGGUGGGCACGCGGGUGGUUAAUCCGCGGAUUGAUAUCGAUCCACCCGUAAAUAACCCAACCCGCACGUAAUGGGUGAUUGAUGUGGGUGGAUUGCGGAUUGUUAAAUCUCACACCCACACUUAUGUAGGUGGAUUGCGGGUCAACCUUAUGACCCGCGUCCUAUUUUUACAUGGAAACAUGUUGUUUCUUAUAGUGUCAAAUAUUUAUAAUAUUUUUGAACUACACUACAGUUUGACCAUAUACUUCAAAAGGUGGAGAAUAAAGAAUAGUUUUGACUACUAUUAUUGGUUACUAUGUUGUGCAAUAUCCACUGAAUAUUGGAUAUUGAUAUGCAAAUUAUUGUUAAUAGCCAUUAAAUAUUGGGAUUGGGAAUCUGCCAAAAAUUGACCCGGAAUAAAUCCGCCCAAAUCGGUCAUUAACGGAAUUAAUCACCGCUGAAGAAUAGCCUCAGGCCACAUCCGUGAUCUGUAUCCUUUAAAAUCCAAAUAAAAUGGACAUCUGACGCACAAAAAAUUACGAAAAUGUCAUUCAAAAAUAAAUUUGCCCAAAUCGGUGCUUGACAGACUUAUCAUCCGCGGAGAGUAGGAUGAAUAGACUUCAUUAUCCGUGGAGAAUAUCCUCAGCCGGAAUCUGUGAUCUGUAGCUUCCAGAAUCGAAAGAAAAUGGAAUUUCAGAAAAAUCGCCUGAAAUCGGUGAUGGUACCCCUUUGGGAAUCUGCCAAAAAUUGAACAGGAAUAAAUCCUUCUAAAUCGGUGCUUAACAGACUUAAUCUUCAUUGAAGAAUAGCCUCAGGCCAAAUCCAUGAUCUAUAUCCUUCAAAACCCAAAGAAAAUCGCCUUCCGACGCCCAAAAAAUUACGAACAUACCAUCCGAAAAUAAAUUGGCCCAAAUCGGUACUUAACGGACUUAUCACCCGCGGAGAGUAAGAUGAAUCGACUUCAUUAUCCGUGGAGAAUAUCCUCGGCUUGAAUUCGUAAUAUGUAGCCUCAAGAAUCGAAAGAAAAUGACAUUUCGGAAAAAUGACCCGAAAUCCGCGGAGAGUGGGAAUCUACCAAAAAUUGACCCGGAAUAAAUCCACCAAAAUCGGUGGUUAACAGACUUAAUCAUCGCUGAAGAAUAGCCUCAUGCCGAAUCCGUGAUCUGUAUCCUUCAAAAUCUAAAGAAAAUGGGCAUCCGACGCACAAAAAAUAACGAAAAUGCCAUUCGAAAAUAAAUUUGCCCAAAUCUAUGCUUAACGGACUUAUCAUCUGCGGAGAGUAGCAUGAAUAGACUUCAUUAUCCGUGGAGAAUAGCCUUGGCCUGAAUAUGUGAUCUGUAGCCUCCAGAAUCGAAAAAAAAUGGUGUUUCAGAAAAAUUGCCAAAAAUCGGUGAUGGUACCCCCUUUGGGAAUCUGCCAAAAAUUGACCCAGAAAAAAUCCGCCCAAAUUGGUGGUUAGCGAACUUAAUCACCGCUAAAGAAUAGCCUCAGGUCGAAUCCGUGAUCUGUAUCCUUCAAAAUCAAAAGAAAAUGGACAUCCGACGCACAAAAAAUUACUAAAGUGUCAUCUGAAAAUAAAUUGGUCCAAAUCGGUGCUUAACAGAGUUAUCAUCCGCAGGGAGUAGGAUUAAUAGACUUCAUUAUCCGUGGAGAAUAGCCUCGGCCUGAAUCCGUGAUUUGUAGCCUCCAGAUUCGAAAGAAAAGGGCAUUUCCGAAAAAUCGCCAGAAAUCGGUGAUGGUACCCCUUAGGGAAUCUGCCAAAAAUUAACACAGAAUAAAUCCGCCUAGAUCGGUGCUUAUUGGACCUAAUCUUCGCCGAAGAAUAGCCUAUUACCGAAUCGGUGACCUGUAGCUUUCAAAAUCCAUAGAAAAUGGCCUUCCAACGCCCAAAAAAUUAUGAAAAUAACAUACGAAAAAUAAAUUGGCCCAAAUCGGUGCUUAACAGAAUUAUCAUCCGCGGAGAGUAGGAUCAAUAGACUUCAUUAUCCGAGGAGAAUUGCCUCGGCCUGAAUUCGUGAUCUGUAACCUCCAGAAUCGACAGAAAAUGGCAUUAAAAAAAAUCGCUCGAAAUCGGUGAUGGUACCCCAUUGGGAAUCUGCCAAAAAUUGACCCGGAAUAAAUCCGCACAAAUCGGUGGUUAGCAAACUUAAUCACCGCUAAAGAAUAGCCUAAGGUCGAAUCUGUGAUCUGUAUCCUUCAAAAUCCAAAGAAAAUGGACAUCCGACACACAAAAAAUUACGAAAAUGUCAUCCGAAAAUAUAAAUUGACCUAAAUUGAUGCUUAACGGAGUUAUCAUCCGCGGAGAGCAGGAUGAAUAGACUUCAUGAUCCGUGGAAAAUAGCCUCGGCCUGAAUUCGUGAUUUGUAACCUUCAGAAUCGAAAGAAAAUGGCAUUUCGGAAAAAUUGCCAGAAAUCGGUGAUGGUACCCCUUUGGGAGUCUGCCAAAAAUUAACCCAGAAUAAAUCCGCCUAAAUCGG